AUGGAUCAGGAUCCAGAUCCGCAGCUCGGCGUGACAGCCUACGAGGAGCUUCACGCGGAGGAGCUUCACAAGGAGGAUAUUCAAGAAGAUAUUCAAGAGGAUAUUCAAGAGGAGGAGAUUAACAAGGAGGAGCUCAGCAAGGAGCUUCAUGAAUGGUCUCCACCUCUCACUGAUUUUGGAUACAAUCUUACGAGCAAUAACCUUAAGUGCAUCCCACAAGAACUCCUUGACAUCGAGUGCUCAAAGCUCUAUAUUGAAGUCCUGCUACAGUUUAUGGAUCCAGAAACAGAAGGCCCAGAUUCGGACAAUAUAGCAGUUACCACACACACCGUGUUGAAGGUCGACUUCGUGACUCCGCAUGACAAAUUCAAGGGCGUACGAAUCGCCAUGAAUCUAGAUACGGAAGAAUGGUCCGCCGAGCUGGGAGUGUUGGGAGUGUUGGGCGUAAAGUUUCGCACAUACCCUGGAUGGACUAAAUCGUCGGUUCGUAGUUUUAUGUUUAAACUACUUACCUCUGUGAAAGUUGGUCAGAUCCUCGAGGCCAUUACCAGCAAAAAGAUGCAGUACUUCUCAUUUGACUAUGAUACCAAUGGCAAAGUCUGUGGAUGCUCUGACUUCGUUACCCAAGCUUUCUACCAACUCGAAACCCUUGGCUAUGUCAGCCCUCAAGUAGAAAGCAUCAUUCCGGAGGAGCCUCAGAUGCCUAGCGGCUUGACCGCCUAUGAUGUUCUACCCAUGGCGUUCAAUCGCAAAAGAGGCCAGGUUGAACAUUCUAUCGGCAGAGGACCUUAUGUGCAUCCUCAUGCACCCCAACAACCGCAAGCGAUUCCCCGAGAAGCCUACGGCCAGCAAGGUGGUGAAUGGCAAGCGAGUUUAUGCGAUUGCUCGCCAUGCUCGAGCUGCUUAUUAGCCUGGUGUCUACCAUGUCUCCUGCUCGGUCAAACCUCCGAGCGAAUUCGGGAUCCCUCGAUGCAGACAGCCGACAUGAUGAACAGCGAUUGCAUGAUUCACGGUCUUAUUACAUGCUUCACCGGUUGCGGAUGGAUCUACGGCAUGCUCAAACGAACCGAGAUCCGUGAACGCUACGAUAUCAAGGGAAGCGGAUGCGGCGACUGCUGUGUAUCGUUCUGGUGCUCGUGCUGCGCUCUCAUCCAACAAGAUAACGAAGUCAAGAUUCGGCAAAAAAAUGCCCUGCCUAUUGCUCAAGGCUACCAGCCGCAACCAGGCAUGCAAAUGCCAGCGCCCGCAUACGCGCCGCAACAUUAA